AUGAGCAUCAUCCGCAAUGUCGCUAUCGCAGGGGCCUCAGGCGAUCUCGGCGCCCCCAUACUCCGAGCCCUCAUUGACAGUAACCUCUUCAGUAUUACCGUUCUCACGCGCCACGAGUCCUCUGCAAAGUUUUCAGACUCUGUUCACGUUCUCCGCGUUGACUACACCUCCGUCACCGACCUGACCGCAGCACUAACCGAUCAGGACGCCGUCGUCUCCGUUCUGACCAGCAACGCCAUGGAAGCCCAGCUACCUCUCAUCGAGGCAUCCAUAAACACCGGUGUGAAACGGUUCAUCCCAUCCGAGUUCUGCGCAGAUUGCGGGAAUCCCAACGCGGCCACCUUGCUCGUCUACCAGUCCAAGAACGCAGUGCACGAGCUCCUCCAGCGCCGUGCUCGCGAGAACCCACAAUUCACCUAUACUUCGAUCCGCAUUGGGCCGUUCCUCGACUGGUCCCUUGCCUUUGGUUUCUUUCUUAACUUGAAGCCGGAGCCGGGGUCGGAGGCCAUCACCACGCCCCUCUACGACGGCGGAGAUCGUCCAUUUAGCACGUCGACCUUGACCACGAUCGGUCAGGCGGUGGUAGGUGUCCUUCAACGGCCCGAGGAGACAAAGAAUCGAGUCGUCUUCGCUCAUGAUCUCGUCACCACUCAGCGGAAGAUCCUGGCUAUGGCGCGCGAGAUCGCGCCGGAUCGAACCUGGAAUCCGGUGGACGUGAGUACCGAGGACAUGGAGGCCGCUGCGCGGGAUAACUAUGCCAAAGGGAACUUUGACUUGCAGGCGUCGAUGGGGUUCUUUUGCCGCUCGGUGUUUGCAGAAGGAUAUGGAGGAGAGUUUAAGCAUGUGGAUAAUCAGUUGCUUGGGAUUCCGGAGAAGUCGGACAAAUAUCUGGAGGAGAAGAUUCGAACUGUGUUGGCGAAUAGCUCCUGA